GUUCCUCUUUGGAAGGUUGCCUCACGAGUUUGACCUUCUGAUGAACUUGAACACUGGCAAUUAUUUUUCCGUUCCUUCUGAUAAGCUAUUGCAUUGCAAUUGCACUAGUAAAUACGACUCGCGUUAAAUUCUUUGAAAACUACGGAAGGCAGACUGCAUUUUCAUUGUCGACUCGCUGAACAUUGUCAGAAUCUUGAUAAGUGUUACCGAGCUGUUAGGAUGUUCAGACGUUUUGUAACGAACAUAAAAAUAUAUAUGAAGUUGGAGGCAUAUUUUUGGAUACUUUCUCCAGAGAUGCACGUUCUUACACAUUCUCUUAGUUGACAUAGCCGAGCAUAAAAGCAUCACAAAAGCAAUUCCUCUGCAGCACCUAUCCUACAAUUGCUACCAAAUAGCACAAUUUGACGAUGUCCCCAGCUUGGAGUCAAGUUAAUUCGCCGAUCCUUGUGAACUGCCACUCUCGAGUCAGCGGUGGCGAGUGUCGGGUGAUUGUGAUUGUGCGGCGUGUCCUGCUGGGUGGGCGGCAUGGCACCCACACCGGGGAGCGGUGCAGCUGCUCAAGUUGAUAAUUUUAUUAAAGGAAACAAAGUUACCGUGUUCAGCAAGUCAUGGUGUCCCUUUUGUGACAAGGUGAAGCAGUUAUUUAAAACAAAUGGAAUCGCCUACGGAGCGCUGGAGCUCGACCAAGUUGAGGACGGACCGGCCCUCCAGGAUGCCCUGAAGGAGCGCACAGGCCAGAGCACCGUGCCCAACGUGUUCGUCAAUGGAGAACACGUGGGCGGCUGCGACGACACCCUGCAGGCCCACUCCAGCGGUAAGCUAGCCUCGCUGUUGAACGGAGGUGGCGGAGACGCCCAGUACGACUACGAUGUGGUCGUGGUGGGCGGCGGCUCCGGCGGCCUCGCCUGCAGCAAAGAGGCGGCCGUGCAGGGCGCGCGAGUGGCCGUCUGUGACUUUGUCAAACCGUCCCCACAGGGCACCACGUGGGGCCUGGGCGGCACGUGCGUCAACGUCGGCUGCAUCCCCAAGAAGCUGAUGCACCAGGCGGCGCUGCUGGGAGAGGCCGCCGAGGACGCCCAGAAGUUCGGAUGGUCCAUCAACACACCCACCCACGACUGGGAGAAGCUGGUGACGGCCGUGCAGAGUCACAUCGGCUCCCUCAACUGGGGCUACCGGGUGCAGCUCCGUGAGAAGCGCGUCACCUACCUCAACGCCUACGCCCAGUUCGUCGACGAACACACGCUCAAAACUGUCGACAAGAAGGGCAAGGAGAAAACCAUCACAUCCCGGUACAUCGUGCUGGCCACCGGCGGCCGGCCUCGUCUGCCGGACAUCCCCGGCGCGCGCGAGUACGGCAUCAGCAGCGACGACAUCUUCUCGCUGCCGCACUCGCCGGGAAAGACACUGAUCGUGGGUGCCAGCUACAUUGCACUCGAGUGCGCCGGCUUCCUGCGCGGCCUCGGACUGGACGUCACUGUGAUGGUGCGGUCCAUUCUGCUGCGCGGCUUCGACCAGCAGAUGGCUAACCUGGUGGGCGAGCACCUGGAGAAGCGAGGCGUCAAGUUCAUCCGCCAGUGCGUGCCCACCGAGCUGCAGCUGAUAGAGGAGGGACCGCCUCGACGAGUCAAGGUGCUGGCCAAGACCACCGACGGCGAGGUAGUGGAGGGCGAGUACAACACGGUGCUGUUCGCCAUCGGCCGGGACGCCUGCACAGACAACAUCGGACUGGAUAAAGUCGGCGUCCAGCUCAGCCCCAAGGACGGUAAGGUGGUGUGCACACCGGACGAGAAGUCGACCGUCUCCAACAUAUACGCCAUCGGAGACGUGGUGAGCGGCAAGCCGGAGCUGACGCCGGUGGCGAUCCAGGCCGGCCGUCUGCUGGCGCGCCGGCUCGUCAACGACGCCUCCAUCCUGACCGACUACGCGAACGUGGCCACCACCGUGUUCACGCCCAUGGAGUACGGCUGCAUCGGCCUCUCAGAGGAGGACGCAAUCGCCCAGUUCGGAGAGGACGAUAUCGAGGUGUACCACCAGUACUUCACGGCACUGGAGCACACGGUGGCGCAGCGGGACGAGAACGGCUGCUACGCCAAGCUGGUCUGCUGCAUCAGCCAGGAGUACAAGGUGGUCGGGUUCCACAUCGUGGCGCCCAACGCCGGGGAGAUCACCCAGGGCUACGCCGUGGCCAUGAAGCUGGGCGCUCGCAAGUGGGACUUUGACGCCACCAUUGGCAUCCACCCGACCGUGUCAGAGAACUUCACAACGAUGAACGUCACCAAGAAGUCUGGCGCCGAGAGCAAGUCCUCCGGCUGCUGAGGUUAAGCUGGCUACUGGGCCGGCGGCCGGCGCCCUGUGCGCCGCUGCCGGCCCAGUAGCUGAUUGGGUGGUGACGGAGCGUCUGCCGUGUGUCCCGCCGUGCGCAGCGGGGCGCCGUAUGACGGCGCGGCCCCAGCCCUGUCUCAGGAGGGCCGCGCCCGAGGAGAGCAGCGCCCUCACCGCCCUCCCCCCCCCCCCUACCGACACCGCCCGGCGCGCGUGUCACCCGCUCCCCGCGCUCAGGGCCGCCGGCUACCGGCGGAGCGUGGCUCCGUGGCGCGCCCGCCUGUUACACAGAGCCCGACUUCUGGCCGGAGCCGUCCACAGUUACGAUUGGUCGUUGGAUUCCGCUCGUGUUGUCCGGGUCUGAUUGCAGUGAGCUCGUCGCACCGAGUGUCUCAGUUGUGAUUGUGAUUGGCGGCGCGGGUCUGUGCGCCCGGCGCCGUUCGGGCCGGCCGCUGCCGGCGGGUACCGGGGCCGGCCCUCCGCUGUGCCGAGGACAGGCGCCCUGCCCGACUCCGGCCCGCGGCCAGCCCGAGUAAUUCUGUAGGUUGAUUUAUCAGAUCGCCGCCGGUACCUCCCAGUGACACAUAAUAAUGUGAGCGCGUUUGCCUGUGUCCAUCGAUUCAUUAUGCCGAAAGUUGAGAUGCGCUGUGUAGUUCGCCGUCAUCUGGGAAUUUGAACAGAAUGCCGCCUUUUCGAGAACCGUUGUGACUUGGCUGGCCUGGCUGGCCCGGUUCUGUUCACGAACUGUAGCCUCUGCUCUCAGUCUGUCCACUGAGCAUUGACGCUCUGUUAUAUUGGUACUGUCAAUAAAAUUGCAUAGGAUAUUUA